GGUUCCGCUUCCGGCCAGGAGACGGUGCGUGUGGCGACUGGCGAGGGCAGUUGGGGCUGUCUGUUGGAGACUAGGCUGCGAAGAGGAAGGAGGCGCAGAAGAUGGGGGCCAGCGGCGAGGAAGCGGCGGAGAGCGAGGAGCGCUUCGACGGGAUGCUGCUGGCCAUGGCUCAGCAGCACCAGGGCGGCGUCAGGGAGCUUGUGAACACCUUUUUCAGCUUCUUGAGACGCAAGACUGAUUUCUUUGUUGGAGGAGAAGAGGGUGCUGCUGAGAAGUUAAUCACAGAGACUUUCAGCCGUCACAACAAGCUGGCUCAGAAAGCACAGAAAGAGAAGAAGACCCGUCAAGAGGCAGAGCAGAAGGAGAAAGCAGAACGUGCUACUAAACUUGCCAAAGAAAAAAAACAAGAAGUCAGUGAGCCACGGAUUAAGGAGCUUACAGAUGAAGAGGCAGAAAGGUUGCAGCUGGAAAUUGAUCAGAAAAAUGAGAAAAAAGAAAGUGUGGCUCAGAAUGUCCCAGUUGAAUCUACAGAAAAUUCAAUGGAAACUCCAGAGUCCAGCAAGCAGGAUACAGAUGAAGAGGAAGAAGAUGAGAAGGACAAAGGCAAGCUGAAACCAAACUCUGGGAAUGGAGCAGACCUUCCAAACUACAGAUGGACGCAGACCCUCUCUGAACUAGAUCUGGUUGUCCCAUUCAAAGUGAACUUCAAGCUGAAGGGAAAGGAUAUGAUAGUUGAUGUACAGAGACGACACCUAAAGGUGGGAUUGAAGGGCCACCCCCCUGUCAUUGACGCAGUCUUAUACAAUGAGGUGAAAGUGGAGGAGAGCUCAUGGUUGAUUGAGGAUGGAAAAAUAGUCACUGUGCACUUGGAGAAGAUCAACAAGAUGGAAUGGUGGAACAAGUUAGUUCAAACAGACCCUGAGAUUAACACCAAGAAAAUUAACCCAGAGAACUCAAAGCUAUCAGACUUGGACAGUGAAACACGUAGCAUGGUGGAGAAAAUGAUGUACGAUCAGCGGCAGAAAUCAAUGGGUCUCCCCACAUCUGAUGAACAGAAGAAGCAGGACAUAUUGAAAAAGUUCAUGGAACAACAUCCAGAAAUGGAUUUCUCCAAAGCAAAAUUCAACUGAUACGCUCCCCACCACCAACACCACCUUUUUUUUUCUUUUCCCCUUUCUCCAGUCAACCUUUAAAGUUCAAAAGAAGCUCAAGCAGGACAGUAUGUUACUUUCUGUGGGAUGCUGUGAAUGCUCAUAUUGUCCCAGAGUGAAUUUUUCAUAUAAAAAAUAGCUGUGCUGUUUAAUCCAUGUGGCCACCUGCCUAGGCUUCUGGAUUUAUCACAGCUUUAUUUAUCAUCUGAAGCCUGUUUUAGUUCUGUAUAAAUAAGUCAGGGAGGGUUAGAAGUGAAGCAAAAAAGAGGACUCAUAGUGGAAAUCAUGGAUUUCCCUUGGGUCUCUUUAUUCUGACAGGUUUACAUUUGGCUGUUUGAGGCACUGGAGAUUCAACCUUGCUCAUCCACUGCUCUUUUAGCUCCUGCUUUUGAACUGAGGACUGAGCAUCCUUCCUUAAACACAAUGAUCAAUCCAUUCAGCAUUCCUACUCUAGGAGGCCUGCUCCAAGCCAAGCAACCCCUGCCAAACGUUAAGUCAGUGCAGCACCUCUGAGAGUAGUUUCAUACAGAAAGCACUGGCAGAUGAAUCCAUGAUUGUCUCAUGCUUGUUGUAUGUAUACCAUAAUCUCUAAAGGGGAGACGCUAUUUAGGAGUGAUGUGCCCAUAGUUUGCUCAGUUUCCUACUUGGCAUUACUGUAAAAGCACAGAAAGCAGCAGCAUGAAUACUACUUGUGUCUGUGUCAUUGCUUUUUCAAAUCCCCAGAUUUAAUUUUGGAGGCAUGUACAUGGUAGAGAGAGACUACCAUGUGUAUAUUGUGGGCUGAAAUGCGAGAACUGUUUAGGCCAGUAGCAGUUACAACAGAAUCUGGUAUUUUGCUCCUGCUUUCUUCAGAUCAAAUGGAUUUGUCCUCAGCCAUUCCUGCCAGGCCCUGUUGUAAUAAUCUCGGAGCUUCAGUGUCCCAAAUGCUUGUGCGGUUGUGUUGCAAUACUGUUUUGGCUUUAGAAAAUCUGAUUUUAGGGAUAGCUAGGCUUGUUGUUAAAUGUCUGAAUACUUCAAGGAGGUUGACUUGUACUUUGCUUAAAUUAAUUGAUGAAUGUGAACUCUGCAGAAAUUUUUCCACAGCUUUCUCUGACCUGACAUCUUCCUAAUGUGCUGAACUGCCACCCGUUGUUCUCAGACACCAUGGCUGGGAAUGAUGAGACUUGCAGUCCAACACAUCUGGCAGCCAAGUGGUUGAGGAACGCUGUCUUAUCAUUACAGUAACAGCUGGCAAGUGGAUUUUUUGCUAUCAACGGGGCACAUUGGAUGGCAAGUAGAUCUCUGACUUGCUGGGAGAUAGUUAUCCUCCUUGCUUUCUCCUCCUUCAUUGCUUAAACAGCUUGUAUUCUGCAUGUACAAUUAAAAAGGCUAUGUUUUCA